AUUGCAAGUUCAUUAACUUCACUUUCGUUAAGGACCGGUAAGUUUGAAUGACAAUGAUAAUGCCAAUAAUUGUGCCGUCACGCCACUGAACGUUAUAUAAACAACCACUUUUCUGUUUCGUGAUUAUUUCCGCUUGAGACGUAGGUUAGUCAUUUUAGAGAUAGUAUCUGUCGUAAAUCCUUAUUAUUGGUCAAUCUGUUACACUCGGAUUUCCUUUGCAAAGUAUAAUAGUCAUUGUCUUAUUGACUCUCUAGUUUUUUCACAUCAACCCAGCCUAUGUAAGUUCUUUCCUUUUUUACCUUAUAAAAAGUAAUUUCAACUUCGCUGGUUAUGCUGCCCUAUCUCGGCCAAGACCAAAUAUCGGUCGAGGUAGCGGAACAAUAAUAAUGAUAGUAAUAAUAACGAUAAGGAUGAUAAGGACAUGGCUUAAUAUAAUCUCUCGUCUUUUGUGCUCUCUCUCUCUCUCUUUAAGAUCAAGUUGAAACAGAAUCCAUUACGUCCUCAGGCUCUUCAGGUAAGCAGGUGAUCCCAAAGCAUUGUUAAAAAUCUUGAGUCUUAAACAAAAAUAAGAGGAUGGAAUGAUGCUACUGCUUUAAAAAUAGGGAGGCGCUUUUGAAAGCAAGAAAUGUUGAUUAUUAUCCAAAAUAAUCCAAAGUACUGAGUUUAUUCAUUCAGAAUUACAGUCAUCAUUUCGUCAUUGUCAUCAUCAUUAUCAUUGUAAGUAAUUAUUAUUGAGGAGGACACAAAUACUGACAACCUAAGCUACAUUUGCUAACAACCAUGUAACAAAGGAACACAAACUUUUUCCUCUUAGGAAAUUACUCGUACGUCGAGUCAUCACAGUCUCCUAGUAACUCUUCACAAAAUAUCAGCCCCAUUGAAGAGGAAAGAGAAUAUGACAGUGUUCCAGAGGAAGAGACAAUUGGAGUUAUUGAACGUUACCCAGGAUCGUACUGUUUGAGCAGCCACUCUGAAUUACUGGUCGUCAACAGAGGGACUGAAUGGAACUCCCAACCUAGCAAGGGCAUUCUUGCAAGCAAUGGUAAAUUGGCUAUUUACUUUAGAUUAGAAAAAUUAAACUUAAAAACGUUACUCGACGUCUCGAUGUUUCAAACAUCAUUCUCAAAAGUAAGAAAUGCUUCGUUUUUUUAAUUAAAAAAACAACUUUGAAACUUAACAUUUCUUACUCUUGAGAAUGAUGUUUGAAACAUCGAUUCCUCGAGCAACGUUUUCGAGCGAAAUUAAUUUUUCUUGUUAAAUGCUUCAACAAGCAACUGACAAUCGGACCUACUUUAGACACUUUAGAAUAGAUUUUGGUAGACUACGAGAAGUCCCCAUUUGUCCUCAGGGAUAGUAGAGCGAGCGAAACGUGAGAGCUUGAGAAAACACACGACAGAAAGGCGAAGAAAAAUGGGGACUACUAGUAGUCUAAGAUUACAGUUAUUAAGCAUUAAAUGCUGAAGGGCAUAAUUAUUUGUAAUCGAUUGUGUUCUGUAUUUGAAUUUGCUUAAUCGCUACGAUCACAGAAUUCGAACAAAAAACGAACAUCCUGUUCGAGGCAUCACAACACCAACAAAGAAGCGCGCAUGGCAUUGUGGGAAGUCUGUAACAUAAUUCCGAAAAACUUUAAAAACCCAACCAUCCUGUUUGAUACACUACAGUUACUGAAAAGAAAACUUUUUUAUGCAUUUUAGGUGACAAUGAAUUCCAGCAGUGGUCCAUUGAAUCUUUCUUCGAUGACCCCGAUAAAUUUAUUCAUGAGAUGAACAAGACCGCUGACCUGUGUAAGGGACAAAGGGAACAUUUCAUCUUGCAUACAGUUCUUCCUCAUCUAGAAAAAUCAUGGGGUAAAUGUUCUUCCAAAAACGAAGAGGUUUUCAAAAUUCUGGUUCAAAUAGGCUGCAGCGCCAACAGUAGAGUCGUAAUAAGACACGCAUUGCUAUUGUUUCUUCACCUGAUCUGUCAGGAGGAUUUCGACAGUGGGAACAUUAGUUUGCUUGUUGUGGAAGAAAUAGCAAGAUCAUCUAUUUUUAUGCCUGAUGGAGUGUUAAAAAAAUCCCAACAUUCAGAGACAAGUUUACAAGCCUUUGUUUACAGUCGCAUUUUGUCAUGGCUUUUGAUACAACGAGCGCGAGACGUAGAUCUGUCAUUUGUGGCUGUAGAACAAGAUUUGAAGAAGAUUCAACAUGAGCUGGAGAAAAGUUGUAACCUUGUCUCAGGCAGAAAGAAGGAUCUCUAUCGAUAUUCAAUGGAAUUUAUUAGCAAGGCAAUUUCUCAGUUCAGGUCAAUGCCAGAUGCAAAUUUGAAGACACUAAUAGAAGAAUGUUACAUGUUUUGUGAAAAUUCGACAUUGGAAAGUGGCAAAUUAGGAAUCCUAAGUAAAGUAAAGAAGAAUAACUGUGGAGAAUGGGUUGAUCUGCAUUGCGUCUUAAUUCAUCUGCAUGGAAAGGUCGGUAGGAGUUUUACUUAUUCUUUUCACCUAGCCGUACUUAGUUACGAUAAAAAUAUACUGUACAUAUUCAGGCACGCACAUAGACAUAUAACUGAAGUGUUCUCUUCGUUAUCGCUGUUACAUUAGUUACGUCAUAAAAGAAGAUAUUCAAAACCACUGUACAUAGAAUUGUUAAACGUAUUUUAGUAUUUAAACAGGCACGCACUCAAAGACAUAUAACAAAACUUACCUUUUCGAAAAUUUUAGCCAGAAAAAAGGCUCCCGAAAAUUUUAGGUGACCUAUUAAGGGUAAAAAUCCGUUAAAAAUAGGCAAUUAUCCAUUUUUUAGAUGUCCGUUACAUUUUAAAACAAAUGUUCCGCAAACAGAUAUUUUCCGAAAAUUGAACGUCCUGUUCCACAAAUGGAGACCGAACGAAGGGCUCUUAAACUCAUCAGAUUAAUCGUGGAGGCUUACGUGGUGGGAAGAAGUAAAGCGGACUGGAAAUUUUGCCUGUUGGUAUCGUCUCUACUAGCAGAUACCGCAAAAAACAGCGUGACAAAAGGUAUAGUCUGUUUGCUCUGUUGAAUCGCAAAUACCGCAAAAAACAGCGUGACAAAAGGUAUAGUCUGUUUGCUCUGUUGAUUCGCAAAUACCUCAAAAAACAGCGUGACAAAAGGUAUAGUCUGUUUGCUCUGUUGAAUCGCAAAUUAGUUAAAAAAAAAAGGAAAUUUACCAAAUGUGAGUGCCUGAUCAUUAUUUCUUCUCCGUGUCAAACAAAAUCACAUACGGCAACAAUGGGAAGUACCAUUACCUUCUAACUGUAGGAUUAUAAUUAUUGUGAUCAAUAAAAUUUUAAACUAUAGGUCCAUAGUCUCCAUAUUUUUGUAGCUGAAAAGUCAGCAGUCUCUGUGACACAUAGCGCCGGGUAUUUAGGCUUGUGAGUGUAAAUGCAUGUCUCUGGCUAAAGUUAAUAGCACUCCUGAACAGGUAUGGCUCAAAGGCCGGGUUUUAGCUAUUAUGACGCGAAACAAUAGAACGCAUACCUAGCAGGAAAAAAUAGCCAAAAACAAGGAUUUGUCGGCAAGGUUUAAAGUUUAACGUUUUCAGGUUUUAUGAUUGAUCAUAACUCUUAUCAUUAUAUUGGUUAAUAAAGGAAAUGUUUACUUUUAUAUUUUAAAUUGUCAUAUCAUAGCUGAUAUAAUUUCAACUUAAUUUUUAAGUAAACCGUGAUAAGCCGUGAGAUAUACUGUAAUGAACUAUCCGUGUGGCUUAUGACGAACUUGUAAUCAAUCCUAGGCCUCAUUAUACUUUUAUAUUUUAUUUUUCCUCUUCUUUGAUCGAACAGAAUUGAGGGUGGAGGCUGGUGGUUGCUUGGUCUAUCUCCUUAAAAGUGAAAAACUGCGAAAAAGGCCAGAGUGCAGAGAGUUACUGGAGAGAAAAUGUAAAGAGGUUCUUUUCUGCCCAGACAAAGAAACUAGGGAAUUUCUGGUCCGUGCUCUCUACCACAAUUCUACCGGAGGGGAUCGCGAUUUACAAAGACCAGAACGCCUUCCAGUGGAACAGCUUACUGAACAUUUGUCCUCGUCGUACAGAACAAACUCCUUGGAAAUCAAGAAGCAAAUUAUCAGCGAUAGUCCAUCUAGUUUUGUCAAAAGUGGAAUGUUUCGAAGCAAAAAGGUAAAGCAACUUUAUAUAUGACAGUACACCAAUUAACGUAGUGUGCCUCGUUUUUACUUGAAAAGCUAGCGAGUCAGUUCCAUCUGUUCAGCGAGUGUGCAGCACAAAUAUGUUUCAGAAAACAACCUGGUGGGAACAGUUAAGACAACACAUCUCCAUGAAAACGGAUUACUGCGUGACAAUUCAAAUGAGUAAUGAAAAUAUGUAGUUAUAGAAAACAAUAAAUCCUCUUCGGAAAAUACCCCUUAUUCAGAUGUAAAUUUUCAGUCUUCUAACCUUUCUAGAUCGCCAUCAAAUUCCUGCACGUAACAAAACAGCAUCUUAGGGAAAAGGAUCUCGAAUUACAGGCCAGAGAACGACUUAAUCGAGAAGUCUUGAACAUGAGACAGCUAAAUGCAUCUCGACAUCCAAACUUCCCUGUCCUUCUAGCCUACGACACUAAACGUUUGCCGUACCAUAUCAUCACAGCAUUUGAAGAACGUGGAGACCUAUUAGCGUUUGUUCGGUCGUUCAGAGAAGGAGACCCGCCAGUAAAACACUAUCGGCUUCUUGAGAUGCUUAAAGAUGUCAGCGACGCUAUAUUGUAUUUAGAAGAGCUGGGAUUGGUCCACCGAGCUGUAAUGGCUAAAAAUGUCCUUGUGGGGUCUCAAAACUGCAAAUUAACCGGUCUUCAUUCCACUUGCAGAGCUUUUUACACAGGUAAAUCGGAAAGAAAUUGAUAAAGUUAAAAGCGAUUUAUUUCUUAAUUUGUUCUCAAUUCAGCUGUUGAGCAUUAUAUAAGAAUAUCAGGAGCCCUAGUCCCUGAACAACGCAAAAUCUAUGAUAGCAACGUCGCUUAAUUCGUGCCCUGUUAAAACUCAUCCAGAUACUCCCAACACGAAUUGGUUUAUUGCAAUGUCGAUAAAAGACGUUAUAUAUCCUUUUUCAAUUACAGCUACAGAUUCUGUGGAGGGUUAUUGUUCAGCUGAGGUUCCUGAUGUUCCUGAAACUGAUCUCCCAGUUAGAUGGAAGGCGCCCGAGUGCUUAACGAAGCAUCAACUUACCACCGCGUCUGACGUUUGGGCCUUUGGGGUACUUGUGUAUGAGGUGCUCACGUAUGGUUGCACCCCAUACAGAGACAUCCUGGACAAAGACGUGCGCGAUCAUGUAGGUUGCUUUUCUCGCUAAAGAAAGCUGAAGAUAAUAACGAAUGAUCAAUAUAUUGGAUGAUCUCACGGGAUUCCCUAAUCUGUAUGUGGCGAAAAAAAAAACUGUCUAGUACCCAAUGUAAAACUUUACUCACCAUUUUCACAUACACCAUAAUGCAUCUUGUUUACCCCAAAAAAAAAAUUUUUGCAUAAUGAUUGUUUCCGAUUUCUCCUGGGUAUUACACUCGUUCCAAGCCGAGAAAUGGAAGGCAAUGGUUAUGCAAAAUUUGGGGUGGGGGGGGGGGGGGGGGGAGGGUAAACAAGGUGCAUUAUGGUCUGUGUGGAAAUAGUAUCAUAAUUUGAAAUGAGAAGAAAAGGUGCUGAACACUCUGUCUUUUUGCUGAUUUUUUUUUUGGAUUCUCUUUCAACAUUAUAGUUUUACUGCUUUUAUGUACCCAGUCAAACCCUUCAAGGAAAGAGUCGUUUAUUUCUAGAACUGGUAUGGAGAUGAGGUUCUAUGCCUGUCAAAAAAAGUUUUAAUUUGCUACAAUGAACUUAAAAUACUCUUCAUUUUGCAGGUCUUACACAGGAAAAAAAUUGUGCCGUCAGAGUCGUGCUUUGAAAAUGAAGAGUAUGAACUAAUAAGGCAAUGCUGUGCAUGGGAGAUAAACGAAAGACUCAAAAUAUCCCAAGUCAGUGAAAGACUUCAGGAAAUGUCCAGACGCGCCAAAAAAUCAGGCAUGUGUCAUUUUAAACUGAUGGUUACAUCCCCUUCAGGCUUUGAGGUGGAUCUUGAAAGGACAAAAAAAUGAAUGAUAACUAGAUAAAUACGGAAAAAAGGGAAACCAAUUGCAGUACCAAACGAUCAACAGCGUGGCCUCUCUACAGUAACUACUGUUAACUACCUUUAUAUUAAAAUAACGAUUGCUGAUAAAAAUCUUACUGCUAUAAAUUACUGACUGACGGAUGUAUUAACCACCCAGUAUAUCUUCAAUACUAUAAGUUGCUUCAUUUUGCAAUUUAUCCACCUUAGGGAAAGAGGGCUUAAGGCAUCACCCGCCUCCUUUAGAAAUGCAGUGCACCGGCGAUAGCAGCUCGGUAAGUUGCCAUUAAAUUUCUUAAAAAUUGCCUUUGAUUAGAAAGGUACAUAUGUUUCAUUUUCAUCACCCAUAAUAUCACCCAUAUGAUUUCAAACAUGCCAAUUGUUAAUUGAUCCAGUUGUCUUCAAACUUUGACAACCUUAAUUAUUGUUAAAUUUCAGGAUGAACAAAUAUACGACUCAAUACCAGGUAACUUUCAUUACCUCUUAUAUUUUAUAUAAGCAAAAGCAAAUGUUCUUCAAGUGGAGGGGCAACAAACUUUAUAAACCACUAGUUAUUGUCAUUAAUAGACACCUAUUGAUCAUGAAUAGCCAUUCCUAACUAACGCUGUGCCUUUCUUCUAGAAAAAUCCGACGAAUUGAGAAUGCCAGUACAGGAAAGUAACGGUGAGUUUGGAGAUUAAUCGAUUCUAUUAGAACAACCUCUUACAGUUUUGCAAUAGCUCAUAAAUGAGUUGGUUUCCCCCUUUAAAUUUAGAUGUAUGUUGUUUUCUUUAAAGGCGUUUCUGAAGAAUACAUGGUAAUGCCAGUCCAGGAGAGUAAGGGUGAGUUUUAUUAUAACGAUUCUAUAAGAGGUUUUAAAGAGUCUUCUGAUUUACCUAAAAAGGCAAUUUUUAACACUUAUGUUCAGUACAUGAUUCGCUUGUUAGUAGCUGAUGGCUCUGUAUAGCUCUAAAACUGUCGUUCUCAUAUUAUCUAACAAAACCACAAAUGGCUAUUUGUUUUUAGAUGUCUACGGAGAACUAGAAGUCGAUGAUUACGUGGUCAGGAAAAAUGCCCAGGUAUGAAAAGUUAAAUUCCCUGACAAGCAAAUUUAGAAGACAAUUAAAGGAUGAAAAAAUGUGAAUAUUUGACUUGGUGUACUCAUUCCCUUGGCGCACGACAUCCCUUAUGUUGUGAAUUGACCUAACUGUAUAUUUUUUUUCAAUUCAGGGAUUAACUAAAAUAUGGGAAAAAUUGUCAGAAGAAGAAGAUAAACAUAUCAGGGCACUGAGUCAUCUAAAAAAUGACCACCUUUUCUCAGAAUAUGAAAUCGAGUAUUUUGAUUCGCUUCCCUGGAUGGUAAGUUAUUGUAUGAUAUAUUCCAUUUGCAUUACUUGUCAACUGUUUAUAAGGACGUCGAAGGAUAAUUUUAUCUUUUACAUGUAAUUAAUGUGAAAAUGUUUCAACAUAAUGCAGAGCUGGGAAUGCCCCAACGGAAACUUAAAGGAGUACGUACUUGACCAUCGAUGCAACGUGGAGGACAUCGUCAUGUUCCUGUCGCAGGUGGCGUCUGCUCUUCACUACCUCCAUGUAAACCAUAUUGUACAUGGAGAUCUUCGAGCUGAGCAUGUGAACGUAAUAGCAACAAACAAGGUACACAACCUUUAAAUUUUGUCCCAUCAAUCAUAAACAUCGAAAGCAUCAAACGUUUUCUUGAACUGUUCUCCACUUACCACUUGCUUCAGGGGCGGAUCUAGGGGGAGGGUGCAGGGGGUGCGCCCCCCCCCCCGAGAUGACCUGCGGUUUUCUAAUACAACUGGUAUUCUGCAAAAAAAAACUAAGUGGUUUAUUGGUGUUGAAGUAGAGCAAGAGACUAGUGCACCCCCUCCUAAAAAAAAUCCUGGAUCCGCCCCUGUGCUUACACGAAACUGCAUUAAACAAAGAGAAGCCUUAUUAGUAAAUUCUGAACUGUCGUUUUAUUUAUGAUAUUAAAAUAAAGGAUGACGAUUUGUUCAUCAACCAAUCGACCGUUUUACAACCUGACAUUACACCUCGUAUUUAUGAAUGAGACAACUUCUUUUGUUUGUAACUGAUGCAGUGAUCUCCCCCGCCGGGACAGGAAAGGGUAACUACCUUAUACCCUUACUUAGCAUAUACGGAAAUGUGUCGCUGGACAGGGAAGGAUGGUUUUACUCCCCUCUGUUCUCACCAGGGUAUUUACUCUAGCACUUUGUAAUAAUCCAAAACUACUUUCUGUUUUCAGCUGUUUCGAUCAUAUUUUAAAAGUUUGCAAAUUAAAGUUGUAUUGUUUCUAUUGCAGGUUCAAGUUGGUCGCCUGGGUCGCUCCAAGUCCUUGUCCAUGAGUGAGUACGAAGUUACCAGUACGUCAUGCGUAAAGGGAGCAAAAAUGCCACCCGAUGCUCUUCGCUGGUAAGUUUACUAGAACAAUGUACUCAUUUAAUCCCGACUUAGUCCCGUAGCCUUCGAAUGCGCCCACCUCUCAUUGUUCCCCUCCGCUGAGAAGUCUCAAGUGGCGGGAAAUGAUAGGAGACAGCUUCCCAAAUUGUUCUCUGCUCGAGUAUAGCGAGGGGUUUCGAGCAGAGUUUCUGAACUUCACCAAAAGAGAUGAUUUGCAAAUGUCGAUCACUGCUGAAGAGGACAACACGUGAAUUGACUGAAUUCCAAUUUCUUAUGAGUCGUGGCGAUAAUGUUGUGAGAAAAACUAUUGAGAGGCCUGUAUGACAGUCGACUUGCCACUUAUAAUUAAUACCAGCAAUAAUCAUUUAAUUUUCAGGAGUGCACCACAGGUUAUAUUAGAUGGACAAUACACGCAUGCCAGUGAUGUGUGGGCUUUUGGUAUUUUAGCCUGGGAGCUUUACACGUCCUUUGCAGUUGGUCAACAAAAGCGUCAAUUUUCAGUUCCCUACCAUGAACUUAAAACCCAAGAAGAGGUAAAUCAUAGAAAUUAGACCGAUAGUAAGCCAAUAACAGAAUCUCGUCUUCAGGAAAGAAAUACAUGUUUUCCUUAUUAAGCUGUAGCUAUUUUGUCACUUUUGCAAAGAUGAUUUUCUGAAAAGCCACCUAGUCAGUUAACCCUCUCUCAUUUUUUGUAGAUUCUGCAAUACAUGGCAGACGUCGGACCCUUGGGUCAACCCGACUGCUGUCCUGACUGGGUGUAUAAAAUUAUACAUCAGUGUUGGGCGUAUGAUUCUACUCAAAGACCGCCUUUUCUGGCUAUCGUUGAUUGCUUGACGAGCAGGUACGUUGUUUAAUAGUCACCCUUAUGGACACCAAGACAAAUUUUAUUACCUCACCUGGGAAGAGGCUUCCUAAGUAAUUUUCACACGAUUUUACCCUUUCCGUGGCGCAGACUGAAACAAAAGCCCCUGUAUGGGGCGAGUUAACCGAGAAACUUGUGUUACGGAGACAUGUAAUAUUCUGUUUUGAGGGUAGAGACAAAAAACGACACAAAGAUGUACAAAUACACCUUCCAAGAUGGCUUCCAAAACCGUGACAGGAUCUAUCUUUCAUGUAACCGCAUUAAACGUUUAAAAGAUACUAAAUUAUUUUCUUUUUUCUCAUAAAGGGAGCCAAUGAAGUCAUGGAUGAUGCAACUGUGGCUGCAAAAUCACAGUGAAAGCGAAUGGCCAGACCUGUCCAUUUCCCAGGACGGUGCUCACGUAUUGAAUGAAGGUCGCCACCCAUCCAAACAAGACAUCGAGAGGAUGUGCUCAGAAGACUACUUCGCUAAACACAACUAUAGGUACAAUAACAGCCGACUGUCCGAGAAAGACAAGAUCCUUUACAGUAGCGUAUAUGCUAACCCCAUUUACUUGACAGUAGAUAAAACAUCGUCAAACAAAAAAAUGGGACAAAACAAUAUUGUUCCGUAUGACGUUCCUGGAGAACGCAAACAUGUGAUAGGGGAAAUUAACCAAAAUAGAGGUCCGCAUGAGGAGAGCCGCAACAAAGCAUCUGGAAUGGACCUGCAAGAUUGCACCAUUCAAGACAAAGCGACAAAAAAUUUGUCAAAAGAUAACAAGGCACCCAAAAUGGAACACGGCGAUUGCUUCAUAGACGACAAACCAAUAUCCAAUGGAGGUCAGAGAAGAGAAAACCAAGACACGCUGGUGCUUGGACAAAAUGUCCAAAAUAGUGAUCUUCAAAGCAGUACACCCCAAAAGGAGCAAGACAAAUGCUCCUUGUACGACAAACCAACAUCCAAUCCAACAGCCACUGAAAGCAAAAACAGAGAAUACCAAAAUGCACUGGCGCUACAAGAAAGCCCGAAUGAAGCUCUUGAAAAUAAAACACUAACAAACAAACGUAACAGACCAACCAAUUUGUUAGGCGAUAAAGACGAAAACAGACAAUACCAAAAUGUGCCAGCGCUUAGAGGGUCCAAGAAUGGAUGUCUUCAAAAUACAGCGCUCAAAAGGGAACAAGGAGGCUGCUACAGAAACGACAUGCCUGAACAUGGAGGCGAAGACAGAGAAUACCAGAAUGUGCAGGCACUAAGACAUGUCCACAGAACUGACGACCUUCAGAGAAAACCAACCAAAAUGGAUCCUGUGGGUGACUGCUUUGUGAACAGCGAAUAUCCAACCAACACCGACGUAACAGAUGAUGGACGCAAAGACCAAGAUUACGAAAACGUUUUGGCACAAAGACAAGUCCAUCAAAAUGGAGCUCCUAAGAAAAAAGAAAAGGGUCAAACUGCUCCCGCUGGUAGACUAACCCCAAGGAAACGGAAGUACGGAAAUGAGGAAAACAUACAAAGAACCUCAACGUCGGCGGAGAACCAGCCAAAAGAAAAUGAGUACGCCUAUGAAAAUGAACAGGCGACGCUAGAGGGGCGUCAUUUAAGUAUGGAAGACGGCCAUUCGAAUAGAAUGUCUGCAAGCCAUGAUAAAAAAAUUGAGUUUGAAUAUUAUGUUUAAUUUGUUCGUUGUACAUAGGGUUCCGAGAAGCAACAUGCCUAAUAACAUUUGACCCCAUACAGCAUUUUGGAUGUUUUCCGACACACUGUAAAUCUAACUAAAAUAGUAGUAUUUACGUUGGCAAAAAAACCGGCCUUAUUUGGCUGGCUGAAACUGUGUUGCUAUCAUGGCCAGUUUGUUCAAACAUAACCACAGGUAUCCCAAACUCACCUAGCGAGCGCUUGUGAAAAAUUAAUACAUCUGGCCAUGUUGCGAUUUAUACGGUUGUUAAAAAUUAAUACAUUAAUAACUAUUACAUUAAUUAUGCCAUUAAUAAUUAAUACUGCCUUGAUCUUAAUUAAAAGUCUUUCAUUAAAGUCAGAAAGCAGUAGUUUUUAAGUCACUCGUCGAGAAGACCUUAUGAUAGAUGACGUUUAGCCCUGUUCUGUCAAAUGAUCGAUGUUAUAUGUCAAAACGUCAAUAGCUAAAUUUAUAUAUUUACAACCUUAAAAAAGGUUUGUUGAAAAUGUUCUGCAUGUGAACAGUAAAAUGUCAGUUUUAACAUGAGGAUUCGACGAUCUCACGACUUAUUUUUUAUGCAGAGUAACCUUCCGUACAAUUUGAUAAUCAUAAGAAUGGUGAAAUUUUACUAAAAAAAAAGAAGAGAAAAAAGAAAUGUAUGAUGCGUGUGCGUAUUUUUAUGAAGAAGUUUUUAAAAUAGAAUUUUUUGGAAAGCUAUGGAUUUUUUGUAGAAAUAUGGAAAGCAUUCUCUUAGAUAUCAAUGACCUCACAUAUGGUCGAAACUAGAUAUUAAAUUGAAAGGCUCCUCGAAUAUUGAAUCUUUCAAAAAGAACAUUAGGAAAAAAGACCUAACGUCACUCUUAAACAACAACAAUAGCUGCUGUAACCUUUGCAAUUCUUAGAGACUACCUUUUAUAUACCUACUGUUUUAUUAUACAAUUUAUACAUGCUACAUAUUUUAAUUGUAUAUACAUUAUUAUUAUUAUCUCUUAUUUGUAAAUAAUUUUUAUUUUUGUGUCCCCAAUUAGUUGUGAAAACUAAAUACAUUGACACAUUAAUAAAGCUUUUACUUUACUUACUUUACUUUACUUUGGCCCACUCAUAAUAAGGAUUGAACGCUACGGAAAAAGAGUUUCAUCUCCAAGCAGGUGUGCUUAUACCCAUGGCUUAUGACACCACACAUUUGUUAAGAUUUCUUGAUAAUUUUACCGUAAGGUUUGUGGCCCAGGUAACUUUUAAUACGCAUUUGUCUUGUUUUCUUCUCUUUACGUUAUUUUCCUCACUUAUAUGUGUUGUCCGCGACUGUGCUCGGCACGGUGGGUGGCUCCGCCUCCUAAAAUGUUCAGCAAUUGGCAUAGGAUUUAAUGGAGCUGAAACCAAUUGUGGAGUCGCACGCAUUUUAGGCAUCCUACUGAUGAACAGUUGGGACAAGUAGAUAUAUUUUUUAGCAACUACUAUAAUUUGCAGUCUGUCGACUUUGAAUUUAUAUACAUGCAAUAUUGUCUUUUACACUAGUCCUAGGCUCUACAACCAUUCUCUAGUAAAGCUUAGUGUCGUUUCUUCGUUUUAUUCCGGAAAGUAGCCGCUGGUCAACUAGAAAGCUUUCACUACUUUGACCACCACACAC